AUGUCUACCGGAGCACCUGAACGCCUUGGUAUAUAUCGUGAUGCCGACGAGGAAAUGGAAGAGCCAGAAGAGAAGAAACGGAUCGAGAGAGAGAGAGAAAGGGGGAAAAAAGGGAAGAGAUAG